UUUUGCAAGGGAGCAUGAAGCCACUGAGCCUGACGUGCUGGUGGCUGGGACUGCUGGCUGCCAUGGGAGCCGCUGGCACUGGCAGCCCGGAGGACGGCUUUGAGGGUGCCUCCACGGAGGAGGGCUCGCCCAGGGAGUUCAUUUACCUCAACAGGUACAAGCGAGCGGGCGAGUCCUCGGACAAGUGCACCUACACCUUCAUUGUGCCCCAGCAGCGGGUCACGGGCGCCAUCUGCGUCAACUCCAAGGAGCCCGAGGUGCUCCUGGAGAACCGCGUGCACAAGCAGGAGCUGGAGCUGCUCAACAGUGAGCUGCUCAAGCAGAAGCGGCAGAUCGAGACGCUGCAACAGCUGGUGGAGGUGGACGGCGGCAUCGUGAGCGAGGUGAAGCUGCUGCGCAAGGAGAGCCGCAACAUGAACUCGCGCGUCACGCAGCUCUACAUGCAGCUGCUGCACGAGAUCAUCCGCAAGCGCGACAAUGCGCUCGAGCUCUCUCAGCUCGAGAACCGCAUCCUCAACCAGACGGCUGACAUGCUGCAGCUGGCCAGCAAGUACAAGGACCUGGAGCACAAGUACCAGCAUCUGGCCACGCUGGCCCACAACCAGUCAGAGACCAUCGCGCAGCUCGAGGAGCACUGUCAGAGGGCGCCUGCUGCCAGGCCCAUGCCCCAGCCGCCACUGCCGCCUCUGCCCGCUGCCCCACCACGCGCCUACCAGCCACCCACCUACAACCGCAUCAUCAACCAGAUCUCCACCAAUGAGAUCCAAAGUGACCAGAACCUCAAGGUGCUGCCGCCCCCUCUGCCCACUAUGCCACCCCUCACCAGCCUCCCCUCCUCCACAGACAAGCCGUCGGGCCCGUGGAGAGACUGCCUGCAGGCCCUGGAGGACGGUCACGACACCAGCUCUAUCUACCUGGUCAAGCCCGAGAACACCAAUCGUCUCAUGCAGGUGUGGUGCGACCAGAGGCACGACCCUGGGGGCUGGACAGUCAUCCAGAGGCGCCUGGACGGCUCUGUCAACUUCUUCAGGAACUGGGAGACAUACAAGCAAGGGUUCGGGAACAUCGAUGGCGAGUACUGGCUGGGGUUGGAGAAUAUUUACUGGCUCACGAACCAAGGCAACUACAAGCUGUUGGUGACCAUGGAGGACUGGUCUGGCCGCAAGGUCUUCGCAGAGUAUGCCAGCUUCCGCCUGGAACCUGAGAGCGAGUUUUACAGGCUGCGGCUGGGACGUUACCAUGGCAACGCGGGCGACUCCUUCACCUGGCACAAUGGCAAGCAGUUCACCACUCUGGACAGAGACCAUGACGUCUACACAGGAAACUGCGCGCACUACCAGAAGGGCGGCUGGUGGUACAACGCCUGUGCCCACUCCAACCUCAAUGGGGUCUGGUACCGUGGGGGCCACUACCGCAGCCGCUACCAGGACGGAGUCUACUGGGCCGAGUUCCGAGGAGGCUCCUACUCGCUCAAGAAGGUUGUCAUGAUGAUCCGGCCCAACCCCAACACCUUCCACUAGUUCAGCUCCCUCCUGAGCGCCCGGCCGCACGCCAGCUGCCCACC